AUGGUUGUGAUGAGUGGUAGUAAUAGAAGUAGUAGUAAAGUAGUAGUGAUCGUAGUAGUAAUAGUAGUGGUAGUAGUAGUAGUAGUAGUAGCAGCAGUAGUAAUAGAAGUAGUGGUUGUAAUAGUAGUAUUAAUAGAAGUAGUUAAAGUAGUAGUGGUUGUAGUAGAAGUAGUAAAAGUAGUAGUGGUCGUAGUAGUAAUAGUAGUGGUAGUAGUAGUAGUAGUAGUAGUAGUAGUAGCAGUAGUAAUAGAAGUAGUGGUUGUAAUAGUAGUAUUAAUAGAAGUAGUUAAAGUAGUAGUGGUUGUAGUAGUAGUAAUAGUAGUAGUAGUAGUGGUAGUAGUAAAAGUAGAAGUGGUCGUAGUUGUAAUAGUAGUGGUAGUAGUAGUAGUAGUAGUAGUAGCAGUAGUAAUAGAAGUAGUGGUUGUAAUAGUAAUAGUAGUAGUAAUAUAA